UACAUUUUAAUUUUAUAUAAUAUAUAAUGGUGGAAAAGGAAAAUAAAAUAAAUGAGGCGCCGGCCUCAACAACAACCAACAUAUCUGGUGAUGCGUUCCGAGAGCUACUGCAACAUUGCACGGCGCUGAUAGAGGCCGCUGUAGCAAAAGUAGAUGGACGCUUCAUGGUCAGACUCAUACAUCAUAUUAAGACAUUAAGGUCAAUGCUCAAAAAACAUGAUGCAACAACACUCCCGAUACUCAAGCAAUCUAUCGCCAUAUACAUAUCAGGAAAUAAUAACUGCCCAGUAUCUGCUAUGGCAUUGGAAUACCUACCAGAUAUCGGAACUGAAGAAGAUGACAAGCAAGAAGGAGUUAAAGUACCUUACCCAGUCGCACCCAUGUUAGGUGUAGAAGAGUUCCUAGCUAAAAACUCUAACCUAGGGGAAACGAAAAUACUAAUGCUCACGCUAGCGUUGAUAUAUCUAAUUGACUUAAAGAAAUUUGAAGAGGCAAUGCAAUUCGCUGAACACCUGGCCAAGUAUGUCCUGGAGUUUAAAAGCAAAAUCAUGGAUCACCUGGCAGCAAAGGUCUACUUCUACUACGCCAGAGCAUUCGAACUGGGAGGAAGGUUCAACCAAACUAGGACCUUCCUCAUGAACGUCUACAGAAAAGCAUGUCUACAUCACGAACCUAUGACAGAAGCCGUAACCUUCAACUGCGUUGUUAGGAACCUAGUACACCACAAACUCUACUCGUCAGCAGCAACACUGUUAAUGAAAACGACAUUCCCAGAAUCACUUAGCGCAAGCACACAAUAUGCAAGAUAUUUGUACUACUGUGGGAAUAUACUGGCAGUACAGCUGGAAUACUCGGAAGCACAUAAUAAACUUAUGCAAGCACUCAGAAAAGCACCGCAGUCCGAUAAUGCAGCUUUUGGAUUUAAACUGGCAACCACAAAAAUGGCUGUAAUAGUAUCACUGCUCAUGGGAGAUGUGCCAAGCAAAAGCACAUUCACAAACCCGAUCAUGAAGCGCAACCUAGAGCCAUACGAAGAAGUUGUUAUAACCGUCAUGAAUGGAGACCUGAUAGAAUUCUCCAAAGUAUGCGGAAAGUAUAAAACACUAUUCGAAAAGGAUGACACAAUGUUCCUAAUCUCACGGUUAAGGCAUAACGUUAUCAAAGGAGGAUUGAGGAAAAUCAACCUGGCAUACUCAAGAAUACCAAUUGAAAAGGUAGCCCAGAAAUUAGGAAUUAAUUCAGUAGAGGAAACGGAAUGCAUCAUAGCAAAGGCUAUCAGCGAUGGUAUUAUAGAAGCGACGAUACACCACGAAGAAAAAUACAUGGAAUCCAAAGCAAAUGUUAACCUCUACACCAGCGAACAACCCAUGAUGGCAUUUAAUAAACGUAUCAACUUCUGCCUAAAACUGCAUUCAAACGCCAUACAGGCUAUGAGAUACCCAGACGAACCGGAUAUAACUAGACAUCAGACACCCAAAAUGGUGAUAGAUGAAGAACAAAUUGCUGCAAUUGUGGAAGAAGAAGGACUUGGUGAUGGAGAUAUGCUAUGAAGAAAGCUCGUUAAAGGAAAACUAAGACCCAUAGCCACCGUAUCAACUUAAGAUUA